AUGGACGGCCUUUUCCGUCUGUUCUGCGGAUGUUGCGGACUGCAGACCGAUCCGGAGCCGCCAUACGCCGAGCUCCGUCACAAUUCGGUGACGCCUGUUCGCGACCCGCCGAUUCAGAUUCAUAACGGACGGCAUCAGCAGUACCAGCAGAUGCCACCGCAGUAUCAGUCACAACAUCAGCCGGUGCUUCCGCCACAUCAACAGCACGGCUUCGACAAUCCCGUUCAUAAUUAGUAAGCGGGCCGAAAACAAAAAAGCAGAGAAGAAUGAAAAUGCUCUUUUUUCAGCGGCUACGAUGCGACGGACAGCAUGCAGCAGUUCAUUCAGAACCAGCAUCCGCACAACGGCUUCUCGGGACCUCCGUCGCCGCCGCGAACGUCCGAGUUCUCCGAACAGAAGAAGGAGGAGGCGAACCGCGAGAAGGAGUUGCUCGACACGAUUGUCGAGAAUACGCAGCACGUAAGCUGUCGAAUUUUAGUCUGUUUACAACCAAAAGAAUAAACAACCCCAAUUCAGAGCAUCAUUCCUGUCGGACAGACUGACAUCGACGGAAUGGUCAUGGUUGAUACGAUGAAUCGUGAGAAGUCGUACAAAUCGAGGGCGCAGAAGAUGGCGGCUCAUCCGCCGGCAGUUCAGCCAUAUGAGACUGGUAAGAGGGCUUUCAUGAACUUGGAUAACUUUAAAGUGGUCGUUUGCAGUGUACGAGUUCGAGGUGGAUUCGUCGCAGACGCCGAUUCAGGUGCCGACGCGCUACGAUGAGGUCUCGUCGACCAUAGAAUCGGCUCCGAUCGAUCGGAUGCCGUUCUCGUGCCCCGACUUCAACACGAUGAAGCUCGCGAGACCGAUGGGUGAGAUAUGGCACGAGAUUCUAGUUCAUACUCUCAGUUUCAGGCACCAAAAACCCGCAGUUUCUCGCCGAGCACCCGGACGUGAAGCGCAUCGGCAGGAACCCGGCGAUCAGCCCGUCGAUGAAGCAGAGAAUCACCGAAGCGCUCGACGAGGUACAUCACGGAGUGCUGGCCGUCGAGGUUGAGCCGCGCGACCUCGUCGUCAGCAUGGAUUUCUAG